GGGUGACUGGUAAUUCGUGUUACACCCGAAAGGAGGUGAAAGUAGACCAUAUUUGCAGCAAAAAAUUGUUCUACAGGUAGGUCCGGAAAUCACUGCUAAGUGAGUUAUUCAAAAAUUAGUGUAAUUAAAUUACCCCAUCUUUAAACAUCUCUAACUCAGAAACUAUGAACCGUAUAAUCAAUCUUGACGCAUGGAUAGAAAGCUGUAAGCUUUGUCUUUUAAUGCUCUUUGGACAGGUAAUUGAUAAAAAGUCAUUUAAGUGCAGAAAUUUUGACUUUUAUGUAAAAAGUGCCUAAAAAUGUACCCCCUUUUCACCUUUUUUGAUAGUUUACUCGUGAAAAACGUGAUAAAUGUGAGAAAUGUUCUUCUACAAAACAUUCAUUUUUUGAUACGCUACCAAACUGUCCUUUGGUGCAACAUUGUAUCUUUCAUAGUUUUGUCACAAUCUUGAAUUCAAAAUUUUGUGAAAUAAAUCAAUGUUUCUAUUGCAAUACUGUCUGGCAACCCUACACGUUUGCUUGCUGUUGGUCGUCGUGCGCAUGGCAACGAAGUCCAGCGUCGCGGCGGCGGUCAUCGUUUGACAGAGCCAACAGUGAACGGCAAAUUGCGCGCAAUGUUUAUGAAUCAAUCUCAAGGCAUCCUUUUCUUUGGGUGAAGAUUGAAUUCGCCUAGAUGCCAUACGCCCAAACCCACUCACUGGUGGAAUUUAGCGAGAUCAUACCGCUGGGUGGCACCGUUUUAAGGGAUAUUCAAACCUACGGGCUGAGACUGGGUCCGGGCCGGGGCCGCGGCCGAGACUCGAUAGGGCUUUUGUCGCUUCGUUCUCACGGCACACAAUGCUCACCGGGCUAUAGCGCCUGCGCACCAGCAAUUUAUGUUGCGCGAACGCACGCACAGUAUGAAGCGGUUGUCAUUUAUUUUUGUUUUUGUUUCCGCGCACUUUCUCCAGUGUGUUUGAUGUACAUUCAUCCAGAACUUUCUUUUGUAAUUUCUACAGGAAUCUGGGAUUCCUCCAGCUUUUCUUAUGAUUUCCCUUGGAGUGCUUUCUGGGACUCUCCCGUAGUUCUUUCUGGAAAACCUCUAAUGAGACUCUUCUAGGAGUCCUUCCUGGUAUUUCUCCAGCUACUCCGUCUGAGUUUUUGUCCUUGAAUUCUACUAAAAUUUCUUCUGGGAUACUUUCAAGAACUGAUUUAGAAUUUUUCUCCAGAAAUUCCUCCAGGAGUAGCUUCCCACAGUUUAUUUCUUUUCAGUUCAACGGGAAGCCCUCCUGAAGUUCCUGAGAGUGAGUCCAGGAGCUCCCCAGGCAUUCCUCCAGGGCACCCCCAAAAAAUACCAAGGGAAUUUCGUUAGAAUUAGCCCAAGAAUUCCUCCAGCAUUUGUCGUAGAAUCACCCUAGGAUUUUACUGGGAAUUUCUCCAUUAUAACUCAGGAAAUUAAUGCAGGAGUUCUCCAGCAAUAAUGCAUGCUUCUGUUCAGGAUUUUUCCCGAAAAUUACUAAAGGACUUAAGGGAUUUCUCCAGAAAUUCCUGCAUUAAUACCACCAGGACUUCCUCAAGGGAUUCCUCCAAAAAAUCCUCCACGAUGUCAACUAAAAAUUCUUCCAGUAGUUCUUCCAGGAAUAACUCCAGAAAUUCAUCUCGAAAUUCCUACAGGAAUUCUUCCAGGGAUUUCACAAGACAAUUUUUCAAUAAAUUGCUCCAAGACUUUCUUUAAGAAUUCCUGCAAGGAUUUAUCUAGGAAUUCCUCUAGAUUUUUUUCCACGGUGUCCCCCAAGAAUUCUUCCAGUUAUUCCUCCAUGAGUUUCUGCAGGAAUUCAUCCUGAAAUUCUACCAGGAAAUCCUGCAGGGAUUCCUCCAGGAAUCCCACCAUUAAUUCCUCCUGUAAUUGCUCCAAGGAUUACUCUGGAAUUCCUUCCAGAAUUUCUCCCAGGAAAUCAUCAAGAAAUUCCUCUAGAAAUUCCAUCAGUAAUUCCUCCAGAAAUUCCUUCAGUAAUUCCUCACAGAAUUCCUCUAGGAAUUUCUACAGGGAUUUCUUCAAAAAUUUCUCCAGAAAGUACUCCAGGCAUUUCUCCAAGAAUUACUUCAUGAAUUUCUCCAUAAAUUAUUCCAGGAAUUCCUCCAGAAAUUACUUCAGGUACUACUCCAAGAGUUCCUCCAAGAAUUCCACCGGAAAUUCCUCAAGGAAUACCUCCAGAAAUUCCAUCAGGUAUUUUUCCAGGAAGUCUUCUUGGAAAUACUCCAGGCAUAACUCCAAGAAUUUCUCCGUGAGUUACUCCAGGUAUUCCUACAGGAUUCUUACAGAUGUGUAACCAGGAACUACUGCAAGAUGUCCUUCAAUUUUUCUCCAGGAAUUCCUCCAGUGAUUCCUUCAUAAAUUUCUCCAGUAAAUGCUCCAGAAAAUUCUUUAGAGAUUCCUUCAGAAUUCCUUCCUGUGUUUCCUCCAGGAAAUCGUCCAGAAAUUUCGCCAGUGAUUCCUUUAAUAAAUCUUCUAUGGAUUCCUCCAGGAGUUCGUACAGAAUAUCCUCCAGAAAUUCCUCCAGACAUUCCUCCAGAAAACACUCCAGAAAUUCCUCUAAGAAUUUCGCCAGUGAUUUCUUUCGUCCAGAAAUUUCGCCAGUGAUUCCUUUAAUAAAUCUUCUAGGGAUUCCCCCAGGAAUUCCUACAGAAUAUCCACCAGAAAUUCCUCCAGGCAUUCUUCCAGGAAUUCCUACAGAAAAUACUCCAGGAAUUCGUCCAGGAAUUUCACCAGGAAUUACUCAAGGAAUUCAUCCACGUACUUUUCCAGAAAUUCCUCCAGGAAUUCCUCCGAAAAUUCCUCCAAGAAUUCUUUCAGGAUUUUUUUCCAUAAAGUCUUCCAGGAUAUACUCCAUGAAUUACUCCAAGAAUUGCUUCAGGAAUAACUCGAGGAAUUCCUCCAAAAAUUCCUCCAAGAAUUCCUUCAGGAAUCCUUCCAUAAAGUCUUCUAGGAAAUACUCCAUUAAUUACUCCAAGAAUUGCUUCAGGAAUAACUCUAGGAAUUCCUCCACGAAUUGCUUCAGAAAUGACUUCAGGGAUUCCUACGGGAAUUCUUCCAGGAACUACUUCAGGCUGUCCUCAAAAAAAUCCUCCAGGAAUUCUAUAAGGAAAUACUUACGGGAUUCCUCCAAGAAUUACUACAGGAACUACUCCAGGAAAGCCGUCAAGAAUUCCUCCCGGAAACAAUCCAAGAAUUCCCAUAAUUUCUCUUUAAAUUACUCCAGGAAUUCGUCAAAAAAUUACUUCUGGAAUUUUUCCAGAAAUUCCUCCCAGAAUUCCUUUUAGAAAUACCUCAAGGAAAUGCUUCAAGAAUUUCUUCAGAAAAUCCUUAAAGAACUCCUCCAGAAGUGCCUCCAGCCAAUCUUUUAGGAAAUCCUUCACGAUUUUUUUCAGGAACUGCUCCAGAUAUUGCUUAGGAAUAUCUCCAGGAAUUCGUCUUGAAGAACUAUUCCAGAACGUACUCCAGGAAUUACUCCAGGACUACCUCAACAAAUGUCUCUAGAACUUCCUUCAAAGAAUUCCUUCGGUUAACUUUCCAGGAAUUCCUCCCGGAAUUAUCUCAGGUACAGUAUUCCUUAAAGAGUUACUAAAGGGAUUCCAGGAAUAGCUCCAGAAACUCCCGGAAUUAUCUCAGGUACAGGAAUUCUUUAAAGAGCUACUCCAGGGAUUUGUCUGGGAAGCGCUUCAUAUUUUUUUCAGGAAUAGCUCCAGAAACUCCGUUAGAACUUACUCCAAGAAUUCGAAGAAAUACCUGGAGGGAGUCUUGGAAGAAUUCCUGGGGGUUUCCUUGGAGAAAUUACAUUAGGAAUUCCUAGAGAAAUACCUGUAGUAAGCCUUGCAGGAGUUUUUGAAAGAGUCACUGGAGGAAUACCUGGAGGAAUCCCUGGAGCUAUCUCACAAGUUAUUUUUGUAGAAAAUAUGUCAUAUGCACUAAACUGAUUAAAUAAGGUGUCUCAAAGCAUCAAAUUAUAUAUGAGCGGGUUAGAAGCAAAGGGGUGUAAGUGACAAAAACCCACUUUCGAGUAAAUGAGGUUUAAAGUUUUUGACCAAUUUUUCAUCCCAUACAAAAUGUAUGGAGAUUCAAAAUCAACCCAAUUUUCUCUAAUUUAUAGUAAUUUUUCCAAUCAUCGUAAAAACAAUCUUAAAAAAGUUCCUGAAAGCUUGAAAUCUGAAGAAUUUUAUGAUAUGCUCAGCUCAAAAUCGACAAAAUGGUCACUUACACCCCUUUGAUUCUGUGCCCCUCAUAUAUUUAAGAUGCCUCAUUUGAUCAGCUGUGUGCAAAUUUGCCACAAAUUAAGAUUAGGGUGAUUGCUUAUUAUACCCUAUAUUCGCCACCAAAGUUAUAUGUUUUAACUGUCUUUUCGAUUACAUUGGUUUCAGUAACAAAAGUCCAUCAAUUCGGACAUAAGCAAAUGGGAGAAAUCAACUCAUGUGGCGACAACAAAUCAGGGCAAAUUGAGGUAAAAUGGACAGCUAUUUGUACCCUCCCGUGAAUGAUUCUAAACCUUAUCGAUAAACCGUAUUUGUAUAUAUAAAAAAUGAUCUAUGACUUCAUAUAUUGCAACCAGUGACAUAACAAAACAAUAGAAAAAAUGUUAUCAUCCAGCAGUUUUAGGGGCAUGUAGGGCAAAAUAGGGAAAAUAUCUUUCAUUUAUCACGCAGAAAAAUAAAUUGUGAACACGAUUAAAUUCUAGCUCAAAUCAAACAAUUUUUCAGUUUGCUAUAGCAACAAACUGAUUUCUAGUAAAAACUGAACUGCUCCAUUGUUUGAUAAUACAAAUAUUUUCAUUUGUCGAAAUUUUUGACAGUUUGUUAGAACAAACACAGUUUGGUAGUUUCAACAUAAAAUACCGGAUUGUUUUAAACGACUGCACUUUUACCUCUAAUAAAGCCGGAAUGUGAUUGUGUUGGUGAUGGCUGCUCCUGCGGCAGUUCGGAAAGCAUUAGCAUUUAACAAGUCACACAAAUUCGUAGGUGGUACAGCCCUGGAUCGCUGUUAUGAGGGUUGCAUCUUUCCUGUCCGUUAUCAAAGCACAAAGAUUUGGGACUAAUCUAUGGCUCUUAGACAAGAUUGACGCAAUCCUCCAACGGUCGAGUGCUGUCCUGGCCACGUCCUUGCGACAGCUGAGGGAUGGGGAAGGAAGAUUAGUUGGACACCUAUGAAAGUACAUAGAGACCUCUACAUUCUUUCAGGCCUAAGCGUCACGGGAAUUUGGAUGUUAGUGAAAGGGUAAAGUUCAAAGGAAACGUUUGGUCAACGUUCAGGUGCACGCAAUAUUUUUGGUUGAUGCCUGGUUCCUUUCCUAAUUCCUUGUUGGGUGUUCGAAUCCAAAUCUGAAAUAAAAAGUAAAAUUAUAGAUUUUUAAAUGGUGAUAGGCUCACAACAGUAACAUAAUUACAAAUUACCUGAAUCCUCCUGAAAGAGAUGGUUUAUUAACAAUGAAAAACAUAACAUGUAAAAGAGAAAAAAAGU